AGCAAGAGGACGAAGAAGGCACCGCGGGGCGCAGCAGAGCCGACGGAGCUCAAGGAUGCGUGUGGCCUCGCUGCUGUUCGUGCUGCUGGCGCUUACCGCGCGAGCCCAUGGACGCCAAGACGCCGGGCGUGGCGUGGUGCCAGGAGCGAUCAUCGUGGACGUGCGCCACGGGCUGUUGCUGCCACAGGGCCGCUCGCGUGAGGAGCUGGAGCCGGUGAUACGCGACAGCCUGCGCAUUCUCGACCUCUACCUUCACGAAACCGCCGGUUCUAAGCCGCCAUUUAGGCUCAAGCGAAGCGCUGACGACAAGCACCUCCUGUCGGCAAAGCCCAUGGGCCCCUCUCUGGGCAGGCCCAAACGUAGCGCUACCGCACGAAACGUCCGACUACCGGGCUGGGUCAAGACCAGGCCGAAGCGCAGCCCCCACUACGCGCUGAACGCAUUCGCAAUCAACCCCAAGCCAGUGAACGAGUCGGGCGGCUACUACACGCUCUUCGCGCGAGUCUCUGAGGCUGCGCUGCAGGAUUUAAUGGCGCGACAGCCGCUUGCCGGCAAGCCGCAGCCCGCCCGACACCGUGAGCCGUCUAACCGCUACUCGGGCGAACUGUUCGAGUACGUGGCGAACGGCACGGCCAGCCGGCCGGCACUGGCGUCACCGAAACAGGCUCCGCUCGUGCUUCCGGCGCGAAAAAAGGACGAAACGAAGCAGGACAAACCCGAGGCUGCACGCGAAGGGGUCAAGUGCAUCUACCGCAAGAAUUCUGUCCUCUGCUACCAGUCUCCGUGAGCCUCGCCGAAACUCGCCCUGUUUACGAGCCUCAUGUCCUGGCGCAGUGUGCUUUGCAGGGCGCCAUCUGUGAGCUGUGGCCAUUCGUGCUGGUUACACGAAAAGACAAAAAAGCUUGCGUUUCAA